CUAAAGGAGCCUUCGCACAGCAGUAGCAGACACGGUAACGCGAGUUCAAGCAGAACUUCCAAACGCGAUAAUUUUCGCACCGAUUAAGAAGGAGAUGCUAGCGGUAUACCAGGCGCUGGCCCAGCAGGGUCAAUGCCUGAGAGGAGCCCACAUCCUCCUGCAGUCGGACAAUCGUACGGUGGUUUCCUACAUCUGAAAGGAGGGGGGAACAAGGUCAUUGGAGCUAUACAGCCUCACGUACCAGCUCCUCACCCUGGUCGACGAGCUCCAGAUAGUGCUGUCAGCAUAUUACCUUCCAGGAAGAUACAACGGCACCGCAGACCGACUCUCGAGAAAAAGGGCGCUACCCGAGUGGCACCUCCUACCAGAGGCUACCGAGGAGAUCUUCAGACAAUGGGGAACACCAGAAAUAGAUCUAUUCGCCUCGGCCGAGUCCACAGUGGUCAAAACUUAUGUAUCGCUAGACUGCAGAGAUCGAUCGACAGCAUUUACAGAUGCCUUCAGUCAGGCAUGGGACUUCAACCUCGCUUGGCUGUUUCCUCCGCCCAGCUUAAUUCCACGGGUACUAGCGCACCUGAACAAGUGCCAGGGCCAGUUCCUACUAGUAGCUCCCAGGUGGGAGAGGACUUUCUGGCUACCGGAUCUAGCCAACAGGAGUGUAGAACCUCCUAUGACGAUCAGGAAUCUAGAGAGGGUACUGAUAGACCUGACAACAGGCAACCCACCUCCACAGGUAGAGCAGCUUACUCUGCAGGUGUGGAGGAUUGGGUGUGGAAGUCAGCUACCAAGGACUGGAAGCCCCAGGAAAGAGAUUUGAUUAAAUCUAGCUGGAGAACUUCGACACUGUCGACAUACAGAGCACCACUCAACAGAUGGAUCACCUGGUGCCAGAAGAACAACCUAGACCCUGGUUCUCCGAGAGGAUCGGACCUAGCGAAAUUUCUUGCAAGUCUCCACUUAGAGGAGGGUCUAGCGUACAGUACGAUCCUAGUACACAAAUCGGCAAUUGCGACAUUUUGCUCAGGAGGGCAGAGCAUGGACCUCUCAGCAGAUUUCCUGGUUCGCCAGGCUUUGAAGGCCAUCUCCACUGCUAGACCUAGGAAGAUAAAGGCGUCAGUAUGGGACACCGGACUCCUGUUCAAGUGGUUAACCGCCGAAAUUCCAGGGUUAACCCUGUUUGAGGUAGCACGACGAACAGCGACCAUAUUAUUGUUGGCUUCAGGUCGCCACAUCCAUGAUUUGACUCUAUUAAGAAUUUCGAAAGAGCACGUGACCAACCUGGGAAAAGAAAUCAUCUUGUGGCCCGCCUUCAGGCCGAAGACGGACAGGGCGAGCUUCAGGAAAUCUGGUUGGAGGCUAUCCAAGAAUAGUAACAUUAGGAUUUGCCCAGUAACGUGGACCAGAACCUGGAUAGAGCUGUCAGAAAAGAGACGUGAGGGUAGUAACCUGGAGGAACUUUUCAUAACAUUAACGGGGCCAGUCAGGGCGGCCUCGCAGACUGUAAUAUCGGGCUGGAUCCGCUCGGUGUUGAAGGACGCAGGCAUCGAUGCGUCACCAGGUAGCAUCCGAGCUGCAGUUGCAUUCAGAGGGUGGAUAGAUGAUAUGCCGGUGCAGGAGAUAUUAGACAGAGGCAACUGGAAGUGUUCGGAAACAUUCGCAAGGCACUAUUGCAGGCAGGUUACCAGGGAGGAAGAAGCACCAGCGAUCUCACUGGCGAGCAAUUUCAAGCCUACCUAG